AUGUCGUCGGCCCUCAACGCGCAUCAGAUCCGUCGCAAGAAGAAUGUCAAGAAGGGAAUUCAGUUCUGUUUGAUGGUGUGCGGCGCCAGCGGAACGGGGCGCACAACUUUUGUAAACACUCUGUGUGGAAAGACAGUGCUUGAGGGCAAGGAAUCCGACGACCCAGAGCAUGCCCACGUCGAGGAGGGUGUUCGCAUCAAGCCCGUCACUGUUGAGCUCGAAUUGGACGAUGAGGGAACUCGAAUCUCUCUGACCGUUGUUGAUACCCCCGGAUUUGGUGAUCAGAUCGACAAUGAGGCAAGGCAUGUGGACAUUCAGCGCCAGUACGAUGACAUUCUCGCGGAGGAGUCUCGCAUCAAGCGUAACCCACGCUUCAGGGACAACCGGGUUCACGUUCUGCUCUACUUUAUCACACCCACCGGCCACGGUCUUCGCGAGCUCGACAUUGAAUUGAUGAAACGCCUCUCUCCCCGUGUCAACGUGAUCCCCGUCAUCGGCAAGGCCGAUUCUCUCACCCCCGCAGAGCUGGCUGAGUCCAAAAAAUUGAUUAUGGAAGAUAUUGAACACUACCGCAUCCCUGUUUACAACUUCCCUUACGACAUCGAGGAGGACGAUGAGGACACCGUGGAGGAGAACGCCGAACUUCGUGGAUUGAUGCCCUUCGCCAUUGUGGGAUCUGAAGACUUUGUGGACAUUGAUGACCGAAAAGUGCGCGCCCGACAGUACCCGUGGGGUGUGGUUGAGGUCGAGAACCCCCGACACUCCGACUUUUUGGCCAUCCGAAGCGCCCUCCUUCACAGCCACUUGGCAGAUCUCAAGGAGAUCACCCACGACUUCCUUUACGAAAACUACCGUACCGAGAAGCUGAGCAAGAGUGUGGACGGCGGUCUAUCUGGCAUGGACUCUUCCAUGAACCCUGAGGACCUCGCCUCUCAGUCCGUGCGCUUGAAGGAGGAGCAGCUCCGUCGUGAGGAAGAGAAGCUGCGCGAGAUUGAGCUCAAGGUGCAGCGUGAGAUUGCCGAGAAGCGACAGGAGCUUCUGGCCCGUGAGAGCCAGCUCAGAGAGAUUGAGGCCCGCAUGGCCCGCGAGGCCAGCCAAAGCAAUGUCAGCGAAGCCCCGACUGGGGAGGCUUGA